AUGGUUAUAUUGAGAGGUCGAAGGAGACAUAAACGUUAUUCGUUCGUUGUGUUUCAUUUUGUGGAGAGUAGAAGGAAGCGGAUGAUGGGUUCAAUUCGCUUGAUUAUGAAGUCUCCUUUUUCGCCUAACAAGCUGUCGUUUCAUUAUUGCAGCAAUAAUAAUUAUACAAGAGUCUUUGGCGUUUCGACAGACUGCAUGCAGCUUUCAUUUGACUCCCGAGGAAAUAGCGUCCCUACAAUCCUUCUGAUGAUGCAAAGGCGCUUGUAUGCUCAACGUGGCUUGCAGGCUGAAGGGAUAUUCAGGAUCAAUGCUGAAAAUGGCCAAGAAGAAUUUGUCAGGGAGCAACUAAAUAGGGGUAUAAUUCCAGAUAACAUUGAUGUCCAUUGCUUAGCAGGUCUUAUUAAGGCUUGGUUCAGAGAGUUGCCGAGGGGAGUUCUGGACCCUCUCUCACCGGAGGAGAUUAUGCGCGCACAAUCAGAAGAAGAGUGUGUUCGGCUUGUGAGACUUCUUCCACCAACUGAAGCUGCUCUAUUAGAUUGGGCUAUUAACUUGAUGGCUGAUGUUGCUCAACUGGAAAGUUUUAACAAAAUGAACGCACGUAAUAUAGCUAUGGUGUUCGCUCCAAAUAUGACACAGAUGGCGGAUCCCUUGACUGCUUUGAUGUAUGCGGUUCAAGUUAUGAACUUUCUCAAGACUCUAAUACUUCGUACCUUGAAAGACCGAGAAGAAUCUGUUAUAGAAGCUGGUCCUGCACCAGAACUGGAGCCAUUCGAUGAAAACGGGCAUCAUAGUUCGUUCCAAACAAUCGGUCAGAAAUCUAAUGAAAUUGUGGAGGAGGAGGAGGAAGAGGAUAUCGUUAUAUCCAAAGGGCGACCCACAACUGGCACUGCUAACUCUACCUUGGGAAAGAUUAAAGUUGAGAAUGAAUCCCAUGCGCUUGGUGAUUGUCUCAGUGAAAUCUCAAACCUGUCUGACAGCAAAAAGGAUGAGGUUGGAGUUGGUAAUGUCAAUUUAGCAAGUGGAAGAAUUCAACCAAAAAUCCGGAGGACUAAAAGUGUUCAUUCAAGUAGUUCUAGUGUGAGAGGAUCGAAGAAAGUUAACGAAUGGCCUAUAGUUCAUGUAGCUGCGAAUGUAGAGAAAGGGAAGGGAGUCAGAAUCAUCGAUAGGUUGAAUUCACAAACAGAAAGGGUGGAAGCCUGGCGAUGAAUGACUCGCCACAACGGGCAUUGCUUCCUCAUCAAGAAGUCAAAUGGUUGUGAUUUAUAUUUGAAAAAAAAUACUAUGUAUUAUCCAGUUUCUGUUGUAAUGGGGUCAUUUUACAGUCUGUGCUUGCAUAUUGGUUACUUCCUUAGUACAGUUCAAACAGGAAUUCUGUCAUCUUUCCCUAUGGGCAUGUUUGGCUGGGGAAACUAGCAGGAUGAAUGUUAAUUUAUGUGUUUUCUACUAAACUGAAUACUGCUGUGGUUUUCAACUUUUGAAUGUGAUCUUCCUUUUGACAUAAAGAAGUGACCAUUCUAUAGGGGAAAAUUGCUUAUGUGAUUGCAAUAGUGAUGGCAGAGGCGGAUCUACGAUUUGAA